AUGCCCAUCGGCAGCUGUGUAACAAUCACAGACAAAAGUCGGAGAGACAUCAUCCACACAACCCAAAUCCUGAGUAUUUACACAGAUUAUGUAGGAGUAGAGCACAGAACCUCGCCCACAGAACCUCAACCUCACCUACAGAACCUCGCCCACAGAACCUCGCCCACAGAACCUCAACCUCGCCCACAGAACCUCGCCCACAGAACCUCAACCUCGCCCACAGAACCUUGCCCACAGAACCUCAACCUUGCCCACAGAACCUCAACCUCACCCACAGAACCUCGCCCACAGAACCUCAACCUCGCCCACAGAACCUCGCCCACAGAACCUCAACCUCGCCCACAGAACCUCAACCUUGCCCACAGAACCUCGCCCACAAAACCUUGCUCACAGAACCUCGCCCACAGAACCUCAACCUCGCCCACAGAAUCUCAACCUUGCCCACAGAACCUUGCCCACAGAACCUCGCCCACAGAACCUUGCCCACAGAAUACUCUACACUGA